GGCGUUAAACAAGUGUUGGCUGUGGCAUCCCACAGCAGGCCUGCCACUGCCGGGACAGAAAGGCAGCAGAGGGAAGACCCAUGUGGAAGCCAAGGACACAGCCGCCCUGCUGAGAGCACGGCGGCCCACCCUUGGAGACCGUGACCUCUCGACGGUGGCCCUCCUCGGCCCUCCACCUUCGGCUAGGGCGGGGGCCGCCCAUCUCCAAGUCCCCAGCCAUGACGACAUCAGCGCUGCGGCGCCAGGUGAAGAACAUCGUGCACAACUACUCGGAAGCGGAGAUCAAGGUGCGCGAGGCCACUAGCAAUGACCCGUGGGGUCCACCCAGCUCGCUCAUGUCGGAGAUUGCCGAUCUGACCUUCAACACGGUGGCCUUUGCCGAGGUCAUGGGCAUGCUGUGGCGGCGGCUCAAUGACAGUGGCAAGAACUGGCGGCACGUGUACAAGGCGCUGACGCUGCUGGACUACCUGCUCAAGACAGGCUCCGAGCGGGUGGCCCACCAGUGCCGGGAGAACCUCUACACCAUCCAGACGCUCAAGGACUUCCAGUACAUCGACCGCGAUGGCAAGGACCAGGGUGUCAACGUGCGCGAGAAGGUCAAGCAGGUGAUGGCCCUGCUCAAGGAUGAGGAGCGCCUCCGGCAGGAGCGGACCCACGCCCUCAAGACCAAGGAGCGCAUGGCAUUGGAGGGCACGGGCAUCGGCAGCGGGCAGCUGGGCUUCAGCCGUGCCCGCGGUUCCCCGUCCUCCUACAACUCCUCCUCCUCAUCCCCCCGCUACACCUCCGACCUAGAGCAGGCCCGGCCCCAGACGUCAGGAGAAGAGGAGCUGCAGCUGCAGCUGGCCCUGGCCAUGAGCCGCGAGGAGGCUGAGAAGCCGGUCCCCCCAGCCUCCCACAGGGACGAGGACCUGCAGCUGCAGCUGGCCCUGCACCUGAGCCGGCAGGAGCAGGAGAAGGAGGUGAGGUCCUGGCGGGGAGAUGACUCCCCCGUGGCCAAUGGUGCUGGGGCCGGACCCCACCGCCGUCGGGACAGAGAGCCCGAAAGAGAAGAGACAGAGGAGGAGAAGCUGAAAACCAGCCAGUCCUCCAUCCUGGACUUGGUGGACAUCUUCGCACCAGCCCCGGCCCUGCCCUCCACACACUGUUCUGCGGACCCAUGGGACAUCCCAGGUCUCAGGCCCAACACAGAGCCCAGUGGCUCGUCCUGGGGGCCUUCGGCAGACCCCUGGUCUCCAGUCCGCUCAGGAAGCAUCCUGUCCCAAAGCCAACCCUGGAACUUGCCCCCUAUGUUCUCCUCCUCUGAGCCCUGGGGCCGGACCCCAGCGCCACCUGCUGGACCACCCCCCACAGACUCCUGGGCACAGACCUCCCCCCACCACAAGCUCCCCAACACUGGGGCCGACCCCUGGGGGGCCUCGGUGGAGACCUCCGACACACCUGUGCUAGAUGGUACCUCGACCUUUGACCCAUUCGCCAAGCCUCCAGUAUCCACAGAGACCAAGGAGGGCCUAGAGUGUGCCCAGGCCCUGCCCUCUGGGAAGCCCAGCAGUCCUGUGGAGCUGGACCUGUUUGGAGACCUCGACCCCAGUUCCAAGCAAAAUGGCACAAAGGAGCCAGAUGCCUUUGACCUGGAUGUGCUGGGGGAAGCACUAACACAGCCCAGCAAGGACACCCCAGCGCGCCGGACUCCUGAGUCCUUCCUGGGCCCCUCAGCCUCCUCCUUGGUCAACCUUGACUCAUUAGUCAAGGCACCCCAGGCUGCAAAGACCCGGAACCCCUUCCUAACAGGUUUCAGCACUCCAUCCCCCACCAACCCGUUCGGCGGGGGCGACCAGGGCAGGCCGACCCUGAACCAGAUGCGCACCGGGUCGCCGGCGCUGGGCCUGGCGGCCGGUGGGCCAGUCGGCGGCUCCAUGACCUACAGCGCCUCCCUGCCCCUCCCGCUUAGCAGCGUGCCGGCCGGCGUGACCCUCCCCGCCUCGGUCAGCGUCUUCCCCCAAGCCCGCCCCUUCACGCCGCCGUCCCCCGGGAGCCUGCCGCAGUCACUGCUGCCCACCUCAGGCUCCGCCGGGCUGCUCAACCAACCCCCGCAGGCCAGCACCAACCCUUUUCUCUGAGCAACACCCCCGCCUCGGGCGGGCCGGCGCGUGCGCGUGACGCCCCGCCCCGCGUUGACGGCGCUGGGCCUCGCCCCCUGACGUAAGCGGGGUGGGGCUGCCACGCCAGGACCCACCCCGGGAAGGAAGGAAGGUUGAGACUCCGCCCCGAGGCCCGCGCAGGUGCUGCUCGUCGGCUUCCGCAGACUGUUUGCAGCUACUGGAAAUGGAGACUGACGACUUCAGUGGGGCCAAGACCACGCCUCGUAAUAAAGAAUGGAGCCCGCGUCCUCAGGUCUCACCAAGUGGACUUUUUGCCGGGCAUGGCGGCCAGGCCCGGACCCCAGCACGAAUCACCGGCUGCCGUGGGAACGACUGCUCCACAAUGUGGGGCACAAAAAUGCUCCCACUUCCUGUACAGCUCCCUCAGCCUGGCACCGUCGCUUCCACAUGCUCCCCAGACUCUCAUUCAUUCAACCAUUUAUCACACAUCGCGCGGGGGAUGAUCUAAUAGCAAGGGACAAUAGACAGUUGUUCCCUUGCGCACUCGUUAUGUGCUAAGCACUUUAGACAGAUUAUUUCGUUUAAUACUUGCAUCAAUGUUCUGAGGUAGAUAAUAUUAUUCCCACUGAGGAAUGGCUACAUAAUUUGUGCAAAAUGAAAACGUGGGGCCCCUUGUUCAAAAUUGGGUUAAGAUUAUCAAAACGGGAGCAGCAGAGCAUUAGAUCAAGUGCAAAUCCCUUGGCCCUGCUCCCUCUUUAUAGGUGAGGCUCAGAGAGGUUAAGUGGCACGCUCAAAGUCACCAAGCUAGCAGAGUGAGGCUGCGAUUCAGAGUCAGGGGAUCUGGCUCCACAGCUCUGAGCUCCCACCCUGGGCCCCAGAUUUAAUUCACAGAUACUGACUGGCUGCUGUGGACAGAGUGCUAGGCUCGUCUGGGAGGGAUUCAAGAAUUGCUAAGCCCGCAGCCUCCAGGAGCUCAGAACUCACUGGGGCAGGCAAGCCAGAUCCAAGAGCCCCCACGAUCCUUUGUUUUACUGAAUCACUUACAUCUGGCUCUUACUCCUCUCGUCUUUUCACCAGGACUGGCAAGAAACUCAGUUUCAGCCGUGAUCCCUCCUGGGGGGGGUUGUGUGGGGUCUGAGAAACCAAGGGGAGGAGCAGGGCCUGGUACCUCAUUCUGAGGGCCACCAUGGUGACCCUCACUUCUCUUCUACUCAAUGCUCUCCAACCACUGGGCACUGAUGUGUCUUCUGUGCUCAGGGUCUGGCUCUGCAGGCAGCAGACCAAAGGCCUGGGGUAAAAUGGCCUUCCAUAGGCCAGAAACACGAAAGUUGGUGGGGCAGGACACAGUGCUGGUCUCCUUCCUAAGGUGGGGGUGGGGAAAGGAGCUGCUUUGUUUUUUUGGAGGGAGUCAGUCCUACUGUACCUGUUACAGGCAGAGUGGACAAGAGCAUCUACUUAGGAGUCAGACUGACAGCAUUCAAAACUGCUCUAAGGUUUGCACUUAAUAAUCACUUGGUAAUAAGUGGUUAUGC